AUGGACAUUUCACAGCCAUCGUCUUCACCCACUGAUCGAAGGCUAAGCGCUCUACUCCGACACAUUGAAGGAAUCACGACCGCCGAUAUGGACCCAAACCACCCGAUCUCCGCCGCUCCGACCUCAGGCUCCUCCGGAGCUCGGAUCUCAGUGUUCGAUCAUGUUGCUCGGGCGCCCGAAGAUCCCAUACUCGGCGUCACUGUUGCUUAUAACAAUGACCAAAGCCCAGCGAAGUUGAAUUUGGGAGUUGGUGCAUACCGAACGGAGGAAGGAAAGCCUCUCGUUUUGAAUGUUGUGAGAAGAGCAGAGCAGAUUCUAGUGAAUGACAGCUCUCGUGUGAAGGAGUAUCUUCCAAUUGUUGGAUUGGCAGAUUUCAAUAAGUUGAGCGCAAAACUCAUACUCGGUGCUGACAGCCCUGCUAUCCAAGAAAACAGGGUGACCACUGUCCAGUGCUUGUCUGGUACAGGCUCUUUAAGAGUUGGAGGUGAAUUUUUGGCUCGUCACUAUCACCAACAUACCAUCUGUAUCCCGCAGCCAACAUGGGGAAACCACAUAAAAGUCUUUGGUUUGGCAGGGCUGUCAGUAAAGAAUUACCGCUAUUACAGUCCAGCUACACGUGGACUAGAUUUUGAAGGCUUUUUGGAGGACCUUGGAUCUGCUCCGGAAGGAGCUGUUGUGCUUCUUCAUGCAUGUGCUCAUAACCCGACUGGUGUUGACCCAACCCCUCAACAAUGGGAGCAGAUAAGACAGCUUAUCAGAUCAAAGGCAUUGUUACCUUUCUUUGAUAGUGCUUAUCAGGGUUUUGCUAGUGGAAGCCUGGAUGCAGAUGCACAAUCAGUUCGGAUGUUUGUAAAUGAUGGAGGUGAAUGCCUUAUCGCUCAGAGUUAUGCUAAAAAUUUGGGGCUUUAUGGGGAGCGAGUUGGCGCUCUGAGCAUUGUUUGCAGGACUGCUGAUGUGGCAAGCAGAGUUGAGAGUCAGCUGAAAUUAGUUAUCCGCCCCAUGUACUCGAACCCUCCCAUUCACGGGGCAUCAAUUGUAGCAACGAUCCUGAAGGACAGAGCAAUGUUUGAAGAAUGGACAAUCGAGCUGAAGGCUAUGGCUGACCGUAUCAUCAGCAUGCGCCAGCAACUGUUUGAUGCUUUACGUGAGCGAGGUACACCCGGUGACUGGAGCCACAUCAUCAAGCAGAUUGGCAUGUUCACCUUCACUGGACUUAACUCGGAGCAAGUUGCCUUCAUGACUCGGGAAUACCACAUUUACAUGACCUCUGAUGGGCGAAUAAGCAUGGCUGGUCUGAGUUCGAGAACAGUGCCACAUCUAGCGGAUGCCAUACAUGCUGCAGUCACAAAAUUAACCUGA